AAGUGGCCUGACGUCACACUCCCACAAUGCUCGCGCCCCAGAACUCUGGCGCUGCAGCCUGAGCAGAGCGAGCCACUCAGGCCCCGAAAAAAGCCAAAAAUUAUAGAAAAAUUGUCAAAAAAUAAUAAAACAACAGAUCCUGAGGAGAAACCCCGGAAAAUGUGUCGUGGGAUCUCCCGCGAACAAGCAAAAUGAGCAGUACUAAUAUCUACUGGACCCCACCCAUGUCAUUUGGGACUGGGUGAAAGAGAGAGAGAGACAGACUGCUAUUUUUCUUUAACUUCUGAACCUAAAGAACGAUUUUUCAAAGGAGAGACUGCAUAGAACCCGCCCUCUUAAACUCCACCCCAGGCAAGAUCCAAACAGAGCCUGGAAGGUUGGGCAGCAACGGCCGGGGUUCAAUGGCAACGGCACCAUAGGGCUGCCAUGGCAGCAGCUGCCACCGAUGCCCCACACCACAUAACCACACUGACGCCGGAGGACGAGGAUCGACGAGCUGCCCCCAAACUGUUUGGAGGUCCAGCUCAAGUGAGGACAGAGAGUGAGAAGGAGACAGAGAAGGAGGAAAGCGGCAAGGAGUGUUUGGUGUGUGGCACUUUUUUCAGCUCACAGGAUAAGCUUCAGAUCCACACAUUCAGUCACACAGGAGAGAAACCUUUCCACUGUUCCCAGCCCCACUGCCACAAGGCCUUCAGCUCCAAAUAUAAGCUCUACAGGCAUAUGGCCACACACUCCCCACAGAAGACCCACCAGUGCUCAUUCUGUGAAAAGAUGUUCCACCGUAAAGAUCAUCUGAAAAAUCACCUGCAGACCCAUGACCCCAACAAAGAGGCUUUUAAGUGUGAGGAGUGUGGCAAGCACUAUAACACAAAGCUAGGCUACAAGCGCCAUGUGGCCAUGCACUCUGCCACAGCAGGAGACCUGACCUGCAAGGUAUGUUUGCAGAGCUACGAGAGCACUCCUGCCCUCUUGGAUCACCUCAAGAGCCAUUCUGGCAAGUCUUCAGGUGGUACCAAGGAGAAGAAACACCCAUGCGAUCACUGUGACCGUCGCUUCUACACCCGCAAGGAUGUUCGCCGACACAUGGUAGUGCACACGGGUCGCAAAGAUUUCCUGUGCCAGUACUGUGCCCAGCGCUUCGGAAGAAAGGACCACCUCACACGACAUGUGAAGAAGAGCCACUCACAGGAGCUGCUGAAGAUCAAGACAGAGCCACCAGAUAUGCUGACUCUACUUGGUUCUGGCUCUCCAACCUGUGCUGUGAAGGAAGAGCUCAGUCCUAUGAUGUGUAGCAUGGGCCCCAACAAGGACUCCAUGAUGACCAAACCUUUCCGCAGUGGUACCCCUUUCUCUAUGGGCAUGUACAACCCACACCACCUCCAGGCCAUGUCCAGCCCAGGAUUGGGUCACCAUCACUCCUUGGUUCCUGGGUCACUGUCUGCUGCUAUGGGUAUGGGUUGCUCCAUGGAGCCUCCUUCAGCCUUGCACCACCAUCAUCCACAUCACCACCACCACCACCACCCACACCAUCCUUCCCCUCCACCCCCACCACACCAGCAACAGACUCCACUGCAACCCCUACCCCAGCAGCAGCAUUCCCAGCCUCCCAAGUACCAGCUCGGAUCUACCUCAUACUUGCUGGAUAAGCCCCUAAAAGUGGAGAUGGAGAGUUACCUGAUGGAUCUGCAGAGUGGCUUGCCAGUCCCACCACCACCUUCAGCUGAUCCCCAUUCUGCUGCCUCACCUAAUAAAGAUGGUCUGGAGUCUCCACCCGGCUUAACGGAUGAGCUGUGUGGGGAUCCCCUCCUAUCUAAAAGCCCUGCCGUCAUUGCUGAAUCUCUGUGUGCUGCUAACAUGGACUUCUCCCAUUUACUGGGCUUCUUUCCGCUAAACCUGCCUCCCUAUAGCACUCCUAUGAGUUCAGGAGGCCUGGUGAUGGGCUACUCCACCUCCACUGCUUCUUCUUCCUCAUCAUCAUCAGCAUCUUCACAUGCUGCCGAGUCUCAUGCUGCCACAGCAACAGCCUCAGUGCCUCUUACCUCUUUGCAACAUCAACCUCAGGAGCAACCAGGCUCCAGUGGAGGUCUUGGUCUUGGGUCCCUGCACCCACUCCCACCAGUGUUUAGCUCCAGCCUUAGCACGACCACCUUGCCUCGCUUCCAUCAGGCCUUUCAAUGAGGCUCCCACCCCACCCUGGUCAGCCACAGGAUGAGACAGCUGAGGUGGCCCAGGGAAGAGGAGCUUUAGGGCUCCCUCUAGGGGUGGGAGAAUAAAACAAUUGAACACAUAGAAGCCUUAAUUGAAGUGCACAAAUGCUUUUAAAUGAGCCUGGAUAAAACAAUUUAUUUUCAAAAAGGAAGUAAAACAUAGGAAAUAAGAAUACCAUGGAGCGUUUACUUAGGCUUUUUCAUCUAUAUUUUAGUUAAAACUUCCCCCCAACCCUUGUCUCACCAAUUACUAGUUAGGAGGCAGCACCAACAGGCCUUUAAGGAAUGGUACCACGUAAUAUAUAAAGUAAUAAUAUGAUUUGGAGAAAGGCAAAGAAUACUGUAUAAAAAGUAAUGUCUUUUAAGACUCUGAAAGAAUAGUUUGAAGUUGUUAAGGUUUUUUUUGUUUGUUUUUUUGCUUUUACAAAUAUGAGACUUUUUAUAUCGUCUCUGUUCUAUUAAAGUCAGGUAUCAUUUAAUUGCCCUUAAACUAAAACUGCCUUGGCAGCCAGGAGAGGAAAAUUAGUGGAGGAAUGAAGUGGUGAUGUUGCAUAAAAAUUCUCACCUCUUUAAAAAAAAAAAAAAAAAAAAAAAAAAAAAAAAGCAAA